GAAUGCUUAUGUCGAAGUUAAGGGUUAUUUCGGUGGAUUUGUGAAAAGUGGGCAGUUUGUGUGGUAUAGACUCUUGGAAGUGUAGUGAUGUACAUUUAACUGAGUUAAGAAAGCAUUGUUAUUAAGUAUGUUUCGUACAAAAAAGGACGUGGAUCGUCAUGUCCAAGACGUAAUGCGAAAGCUGAAAAGUGAGAAUGAGAGAAAUUUGCGUUGCUACAAUAUUGCCAAGUUGUAUUUUAUGUUAGGAGAAUAUGAAUUGACUAGGCGAUAUGUGUCAAAUUAUCUGACUGUUCGUGAGGAUUCAGCCAGUGCGCAUAAGCUCCUGGGACAGGCAUUAGAGAACCUUGGGCAAAAGGAAAAGGCCUUAGCUCAGUACAAAUGUUCUCUUGAACUGGAGAGUAAGCAGCAGGAUUUGGUAUUGAAAGUAUGUGAGCUGCUAGUAGAUAGUGAAGCUCCACUUGAUGUUGGAAGAGCUCGCUAUUGGUGCGAAAGGGCUGAACAGUUGUUUCCACAUCAUCCAACAGUAUUCAGACUGAAGGAGCAUCUUUUGACUGCAGAUGGAGAGGAAGAUGCUGCAGAAUUAGAGGCCCUUAUUGCUUCUGAGCUGACAGCAAGGCCUACUGAUGUUUCUCUGCGUGUGCGUUUGCUGAGACUGUACCUGGAUACAGAAAGACUGACAGAUGCUUACAAUCAUGCAGUUGAGGUGGAACUUCGUUCUAUGCCAUGUUUUAGAGAUCAGCUUCAGUGGUAUGACUGCCUCAUUGACGUUUUUGAGACUUACCAAGAAGAGAAUCGGGAAAAGUGUAACUGGGAAUUCCAUUUGCAUUAUGUGGCUGUAUUGGAGAGAGCUACUUGUCUCAGCCUUCAAGAACAUCAAGCAGGUGUUCGUCGUAGCAUUGCUGAUUGUGUGCAGGCAUUAUUCAGCUUUGACAAAGCAUUACACCAGGCAUCCAGUCUGGCAUCCCCUCCAAGUGAGCGGGAAUUGUACCAGGAAUUCCUUAAACAUGCUAGAGGUCAACUGUGCCUCCAUCUUGCAACACUGGUGCUAAAGAAAGCAAAGAAGGAAAAUGGAAACUGGCGUGAGGCUUGCCGAGUCUCUUCUCCCCUUCUCCUUCUUGCAUUGUCUUCACCAAUAGACAUGCAAUCCACAUGGCUGCUUCAGGCUACCGAAACUCGGAAGAAGAGUGUGGACCUGUGGGCAAAGGAAGCUGCAUACAGAAAUAGCCAAGCUGGUCAUGUGUUACAUAGCAUGGUUCGUGAACGUAGAAGCCAGUUUCUGGAUCGGGUGACUCAGUUCUGUUCUGGUAACUGGAGAGAACGUGUGUUCCAGAGAAUCUUCACGACUCGUGAUCAUCAACAAGGAAUGUCACAUUCACAUUUUGUCAAUUUUCAAGGAUUUUCUGAUCCUCCACUGAGACUGCCUACACCAAGUGAAUUGUUACCUCAUGAUGAAAAGUCACAGAAACUGCAUCCAAGUUCUCUGCAUCAUCUGGUUUGGUUGGGACUGCAGGAUGUUCCUUGUAGUAACAAGAAGAACAGCAGCUUGAAGCCAGGACCAGAUUUUCAUUGCCAGGUGUUUGAAGGCUUGCAGCUGACGUGCAACAAUUUGAAUUGUGCUGGCUCUGAAACCCUCAACAGACUCGAUAUUGAUUCUUUUUUAUAUGCUGCAGUGUUUUGUGCCAGCGCAACACAAGAUGAGCAGCAAGCUGCUGGUUACUGGAGUUCUGACAGGCCUGUUACCUUACCAGCAAACAUUACUGAGCAGCUGUGUACUGUCAGUCAGGCCAAAUGGUGGGCAGCAGCUUACCGAGUUUUUACAAACCAAGCUAAGGGGGACCUGGGUGAGCUCCGACAGACAUUACAGAGAGGAAUAGAAGUAGUUAGAGUUCUUGGAAACCAUGGAUUGGAUGUUAAGCUUGUUGUUCAUUUAGCACAGACAUUUGAACAAAGGGCAUCAACGAUGGCUGCUCGAACGGAAGGUUCCAGUGAUUUACCUGCAAUAGAAGCUAGAGCAUCUUUAUAUUGGACAGCAGCUUUGCCAUUAUUGGAACGACUUCAGCGCAACCAGACAAUACGUGCUCCUCAUACAAGGCUCUUUGAGUACCAAGGGAAAGAAUUAUCAAGUGCAGAAGUGAAUGCUCUUAUAGAAGAGGGCCGUUUCUUCCUGGCUUGCCAAUUAAUGAAGGAAGAUAAACAUGAAAAAGCAAUUGAAGCAUUCCAACAGUUGAAGUCUCCAUAUGCUUCCUUCUAUCAGGCUACAAUAUACAAGAAAUUGGCAGCUGAAGAGUUACAGGAUCAACGCCGAGAAAUGAUCACUAGUGAGAUGCGUUCCCAACACAUUAUCCUGCUUACAAAAGCCAGGGAGUGCUUUUAUCUCACACUGGACAGACUGCGGAGUCCAGGAGUAGAUGCAAAACAUCCACUGAAUGCUGAACUAAAUAGUCACAUAGAAGAUAUUGAAAGUCAGCUGAGUCGUAUCGAUCCGGAUGUAAUGUUAGCAGGAGUUGAUGCAGUGAAUCGAAAUGAAUGCGAUGGCAUGUCUGAUGACAGCGUUUCCUCAGCUCCUUCCGGUGCUGAUAACCUAAAUAACUCAUUGGUGGGACUUGGGAACAGCAGCAGCUUGUAUCUUCAGCAUAGUUCAUUGAACCACCUAACUCCACGGUACAGGGGCAGUGCAGGUGGUCAGAAGCAUACCUCCACACCAUACAGGAGCAAUAUUCACAAACUAGACAGUUCUGAUGUAGCUCCUGAGCAUCCUCGCAGAACCGAAGCACGUCCAAGUCCAGAACGUCUUGAUGCUCAGAUCAGGCAUCUUGUGCACAGCAAGGAUGCAGUCAUACACACAAUACUUGAACAAAACAAGGCACUCUUAGAACAAAGCAAGGCUGUUGUGGAUGGGCUUAAGGAGAAUAAGUUGGUUAUGGAAGAAAUAAAGAAUCAGAUUCAGGAGCUUCGCAAGGACACAUUGAAAGCGAGGCGUGGUCAAACCUUGAAUCUUGGCCAAUCAAAUAUCAAUGCAGCAGACUUAGCCCAGGUUUGUGACACUGAAGAAGACAUUUAUGUUUUUGAUGAAGAAGAUUAUUCAGAAGAUGUGAACUUAGCUGCAGCCCAGCUAGGGCAAUAUCAAGCGUUCCCGCCAUAUCCUCCAAAUUAUACUAAUUACCGUGGCAUGACUGGGAUUCUUGCUACACCUUCAAGUGUAUCUUAUCCAGCACCACAUAGUGGCUCACAGACUCCUCUGCUGCCUCCUCAGACAGCCAUUGGGGGCUUCUUCAGGGGAGUUGAUCCAGCUGCAGCUGCAGCUAGCCUUAUGUACCCUCCUACACUUAGUUAUUAUGCUGGACAAGGGGCACUGCCUUUCUCUGAGGGCCAGCAACUACCAAAUUUUGGAUCUGCUGGUCCAGGUAUCCCUGCACAGGCUGCAUCUGCAUCAGUGUUUUCCCGACUUGGUGCGUCAGCCGAUUCUCCAGGCAGCUUACAUGAUCCAAAAGUUACUGGAUCCACAUCAGUACCACAACCAUUGCCACUACCACUACCGUCCCAACAUCAGCAGCAAUCAGUUGGACCUGUAAAUGUUGUCAUCACCUCAUCUGACACGUUACCAACAUCUGCCCCAACUAAUCAACCUACAUUAAGUGUUACAAUUCCACCACAACAUAGACUGGGCACUCCUCUUGUGAAGCAGCCCACAACAAACCACCUCCAUCUACAGAGCACAACUUCAGCUUUCACAUCUACCACUGCUUUUAACUCUACUUCGAUCAGCUCCACAACACAGUCGUCAGUGCCACAUGCAUUCCAGAUAUCUAUGCCCCCUCAGGCACAGCUACCACAUGCGUCAAUUCUUGAGAAGGGCGCUGCUUCCCUUAGUCCAGUUCUUCCAAUUUCUACAGGAAUGUUAUUGUCAUCUGUGCCAUCACCUGUUUAUUCAGCGUUAGAAAAAAGUCCUGCUGGCAAGAAUAAUGUUGCAGGAGCUGGUCAUGUGGCCGAUGUGCGCAGAGUGUCCACAGGUUCUGCAAUAGGAGUAGAAGACGGAGAGGAAGGUUAUGAUGCAGAACAUGAUCCAUGUCCUGAUUUCCAGCCUGUAAUUCCACUACCAGCAGAAGUGGAACUGACUACUGGAGAAGAAGAAGAAACAGUUCUAUUUGAAAGCAGGGCAAAGCUCUUCAGGUAUGUGGAUAAAGAAUGGAAGGAACGUGGUGUGGGCACCAUGAAACUUCUGCAUAACCAAAUGACAGGGAAAGUACGUGUAUUGAUGAGGCGUGAACAAGUACUGAAGAUAUGUGCAAAUCAUAAUCUUAGAUCUGACAUGGAGUUGACUCAAAUGAAUAACCGUGCCUGGAUGUGGGUGGCCCUUGAUUUUGCUGAUGAGGAGGUUCGCCUUGAAAAGCUUUGUGUGAGAUUCAAGACAUCUGAUGAAGCUGCCAAUUUCAAAGAUGCUUUUGACAAGGCCAAAUUAAUUGUUGCAGCUACUGAGACCUCUGCAGUCAAGGCUGUAGCAUCCGUUCCUUCUGUUUCUACAUCAGCUGUCACUCAAGAGCCCUCCAAAAUUGCAACCAAAGUUGUUACUUCUGCAAUUACAUCCCCAGUUCCAGUUACAUCAUGUAAUAAAAUAACUGUAGGUGGGUUUACAUUUGCAUCUCCGCCUACUUUUAAAAUAGAUUCAAAAUCUGCAGCGGCACAGACAUUGAAAGAUACUACUAAAGACAAAGAGAAGGGUUCUGGAGAGGGAGCUAAACCAAGCCCAUUUGCUGGUUUUAGCUUUACCAGUCCGUCUAAAGUGUCUACAUCAUUGGAGUCUCCUGUCAUUACAGGCAAUGUGCAAGUGUCUGAACCCACAUCAUUACACAGACCCCGCACUAUUGUACCAAAAUCUGUUGGUGUUACAUCUACAUCAGAUAAAGUUCAGAUUAUGCCAGAAUCAGGUACUCCGACAUCUGGCUCAAAAUUAAUGUUUGACUCACCUCAUACUGAUUUCACAUUCUCAGCCCUAGCAGCUGUUAUUAAGGAGCCAGGUUUUAAGAAAGAUGACAGUUUUAAGGGUUGGGAAGGAGCAGGAAAACCUGUGUUUGGGGGAUCCCUGAAGUCUGAAGGUGUUGUUGAAAAUGAGGGUAGCGCAGAAGAGUUUGUGCCAACAGCAGAAUUUGAACCUGUAAUUCCACUACCAGAACUUGUGGAGCUGAAGACAGGAGAGGAAGGAGAAAACAUACUAUUUGAAGAGAGAGCAAAAUUGCUUCGUUUUGACAGUGAAGGAAAACAGUGGAAGGAGCGUGGUAUUGGAAAGCUGAAGAUAAUGCAAAUUCCUACCACUGGUAAAGUUCGGUUACUUAUGCGGCGAGAACAGGUUUUAAAAGUAUGUUGCAACCAUUUUGUGACUGCAGAUAUGAAGUUUACUGCCCUAUCAUCUUCUGACCGGGCCUGGACUUGGUGUGCCCAAGAUUAUUCUGAAGGAGAAAUGAAACCAGAACUCCUAGCUGUUAGGUUCAAGACUGUUGAGCAGGCACUUCUUUUUAAGAAAACCCUUGAUGAAGUUCAAGUGAAAAUGAGUGAUGAAGGUAAAGAUACAAAUGAGCCAACAGCUCACAGUAUGGUUUGGAAAUGUAAAGAAUGUCUUUUUCCCAAUGCUUCUGUUGCAAAUCAUUGUACUUCAUGUAAAAGGCCAAAACCAAGAGAAUUCAAGGAGAACCCUUUGCUUGUCUCUCACAGCAGUAACCAGCAGCUAAAGCUUUUUGAGCUUUCUAAGUCACCUGAAUCCUGGGAAUGUCAGUCAUGUUGCCUUAUAAAUGAUAUGGACAGUGAAACCUGCAUAGGGUGCAAAAAGCCAAAUAGUUCAAAAGCAGCCGAUGUCUCAAGUGCCUUGCAAUCAGAACCUCUGUCUGAGAUCUUCAAGGCCAAGCCAGGUUCAUGGGAGUGUGAGGCUUGCUACAUUCGAAAUCAAAGUACAGCAGAUUUGUGUAUGGCUUGUGAAACCCCCAAACCAGGAAGUAAUGUGACUUGUGAAACUGCAUCAUCUUUUAGUUCUAGCAUUCUUCCAAGAUCAGACCAAAAUGUACCUCUUUCAGAACUGUUUAAGCCCAAAGCUGGUUGUUGGGAGUGCAGCCAGUGCUAUACAUAUACUGAUGCUGAUAAGACAUCUUGCUUAUGUUGUGGUGGUCCAAAACCAGGUCAUGAUGUAACACAGAGAGAAAUGCCUGGUAAUGCCACAAACCAGGCUUCUUUUAAGUUUGGAAUGCCCUCUUCUGGAACUGAAUUUAAUUUUUCAACUUCAUCCCAAAUCACCAGUGGCCAAAGUGAUUUUACAUUUGGCAUUGCACCAGGACACACAUCUGAACCAGUUAAUAAUAACUUUGGAAUGCCCAUUUCAAAUAUAUCUACGUCAACAGCAACAACCACCACCAUUACUCAUGCUUUGUUUACAAGUUCCAAUGCCUGCAUUCCAAAAGGUGGAUUUUCGUUUGGUCUCCCCUCUACCACUACCACUGCUUCAUCUGUUACAUGCAUUUUUGGUGUAGACAGCACAUCAACAAAUAAACCAUUCUCAUUUGAGCCAAAAGCUAAUACUGGAGCUUUCCUGUUUGGAAGUUCAGCAGGAUGUGGUACUGAAAGGAACACCAGUUCCUUGACUUUCAGUUUUGGUAGUAACAUACAGGCAGAAGGCAACAGGGAUUCUACACCACCCAAGGAUACAGCAGGUCAUAAAUUCACUUUUGGGAGUCCUGGAAAGUUUGAAUUCAGCUUCAGUGGAGUUAGACCUAAAUCACCUACCAAGCAGCCAAAAUCUCCUGGUAGUGUUGGUGCUAAUGUUAGUGGAGCUGCUGCUGAUGAUGACAGUGACGGUGAACUUGAAGAAGAUGAAGGAGAACAUAUCUGUUUUCAGCCUGUAAUCCCACUGCCAGAUAAGGUACCUCUGCAUACUGGGGAAGAGGAUGAAGAUAUCUUGUACUGUCAUCGAGCCAAAUUGUUCCGUUUUACUGGAGGAGAAUGGAAGGAGCGUGGUGUUGGAGACAUAAAAUUGUUAAAGCACAGAAGUACUCAUAAAGUCAGGUUACUGAUGCGGCGGGAUCAUGUCCUGAAGUUAUGUCUGAAUCACUUCCUGAAGCCAGAAAUUACAUUCCGAGAGAAGGAUGAAAAAACUUGGUUGUGGAUUGCACCUGACUAUUCAGAAGGUCAUCUUCAGGAGGAAAUGUUUUCUAUUAGGUUCAAGAACAAGGAAAUAGCUUCAGAAUUUAAGGAGGCCAUUGACAAAGCACAAGCAGAGCUGAUAUCAUCUGCUGCACUUACAGAUACAUGUCUUACUGCAGCAUCUUCACAAGAUCUUGAGACUUCUCCUACUCCAUUGAACAAGACAGAAGCAGGUCCAAGUAACUCCAUAUCACAAGCCAUGAAGAACUUCUCCUUCACUUUGCCUGCGGGCAGUCCUACAGUUCUCCAGUCUCCAAAUUCCGGCAGCCCCAUUUUUGCACUGCCACAGUUUGGGACAUCAUCUGCUUUAGGUUGUGCAAGAUCUCUGUUUGGAGGAAGUUCUGUCCAGCAGUCUGUUCCUGCUGUGGAUGCUACAAGGGACAGAGAUGAUGUGGAAAUUGUGUAUGAGCUUCAAGUGACCCCAGAGGAGGAAGCAGCAGCCAUGAAGCUGAAACUUCCUGCCAAUUUCUAUUCUUACUUGUAUAAGCCUCCAUGCCCUGGCUGUGCAGGUUGUGAGACUGAUAGCGACACUGAAAUUGAGGUUCAUAAAAGCCUACAAGAUUCCACAGUGAAGAGUGAUAGUGCUGCAUCCAGCAUUCAACCCAAAAGUUCGCCAGGAAAUGAAAGUACUUCGUUCACUGCUCUGAAGCCCACAGUUUUGCUUAGGCCAUCCAGACUUGCAGCUACAGCCACCACUCAGCCCAGUGAAUCACAUAGUCAGAAAUUGGCUCAUGAGACGUCUCCACAACAGAAAGUUACUUCUACUUCAUUUGCAACAAAAGCAUUACCUCAGUUUGUUUCUUCAUCUCUUCCAACAGGAACUCUUUUUGACCAGUUAUUAGCUCAAGGACAGCAGACUACCUCACCUACAGUGUUCAGUUUUCAGUCAGCAGAGAAUUCAGUAUCACAAGUCACUCCAGGCAUAUUCUUCGGUUCACUGCAAACAUCAGCUCAACACCAGAGUUCCCUGUUUCCUCAGCAGCUGUCCAAAACAACCCAUCCCCAGCAGUUAAUUGCAUCAUCCAAUGUGAACACCAGUAUUACUUCUCAAACAACUUUAACCUCAGUCUUCAGUCACCCGCAGAGUUCCUCAGCUACCAUUUUUGGUCAGCGUACAGUGCAGCCUGUUUCACUGUUUUCAGGCAUCAGUUCAACCCCCACAACAACUAUCAUGCCACCAUUAGGACCUGGUUUUACAGCACUUGGUCCAAAACCUGUACCCCCAGGAUCAACUGGUAGCUCUGAGGCAACAAAACCUUCUGGUUUUGUCUUUUCUCCUGCUGGAUCAAAACCUGCAUCCGUGUCAGAUCCUGUUGGAGAAAAACCUGUGAACAUACGUUUUAGUGAAGUACUUGGUCUGAAAACCACAGUGGCACCUUCCACUCAGGUCUCUGUAGACCCAGUUUUCUCUGCACAUUCUGCCAGCUCAGGCACUUCUGAACCUAAGCAUGGUGGUUCCAGUUUCAUUAAAACUACUGAGGCAGCAGAAUCAUCUUUCCAGACAAAAGAGGGGGAAGGUGUGCCUUUUCUACCUGUUGACUCAGAUCUGUCUUUUGCCAAAUUGGCAAGCAAAUCAGAGAAACUGGGAUUCAAGACAGAUACCAAUGUUUCAUGGGCUGGAGGUAGUUCACUUGCGUUCAGUAACACUCCUAAACAGCAAGCUUCCAGAAAGGGAAGAGAUGAAAAUGACUCGAGUGGUGAUGAAGGCUGUGCUGAUGCUACUACAAACGGUUCCCAUGAUCCUCACUUUGAGCCCGUUAUUGAUUUGCCUGAUAAAAUAGAAGUCAGGACAGGUGAAGAAGAUGAGACUAAAGUAUUUUGUCAUCGAGCUAAACUGUAUAGAUAUGAAGCAGCCACAAAGGAAUGGAAGGAAAGAGGUGUUGGAGAAAUGAAAAUCUUGCACCAUCCAAUUAAUAACACUUACAGAUUACUGCUUCGUAGGGAACAGGUACAUAAGGUUGUGUGUAAUCAUCUGGUUACUAAUGACCUUACCUUGAAGCCUUUGAGUUCAUCUAAUAGAGCUUGGUGCUGGGGUGCACUGAAUUAUGCAGAGGAGGAUGAACCAAAAGUUGAAGAACUGGCUGUUCUGUUCAAGUUGCAAGAAACUGCCAAAGAGUUUAGAGACAAGCUGAAUGAGUGCAUUGAGCAGGUAGCAAAACUGGUGACAACUGCAGACACAAAAGAAGAACCAGCAAAUCCCGAAGUAAUCCGUAUUAGUCAGGCAGAAUCAGAAGAUUCUGAAGACAAUUUGGAUGAUGAAGAUGCUGAAGAUGAUGAUGAUGAUGAUGAGGAAGAAGAAGAUGAAGAGGAAACUGAGAAAUCAUUGAUGUUUGAAAAGAGAGUUACGCUUCAGGUCCAGGAUCCUCUAACUGCUGCCUGGUCAACACAAGGAUUGGGUGAUCUCCAAAUUCUGUAUGAUCCUGACAUCUUUGGUGCUCGGAUAUGUGUGGAACGGGACGGAACUGGUGAACAGCUUUGUAAUACCAUUAUAGCUCUCAAUACUGUCCUUGAGGUGAAGAAGCGUGACUGCAUAUGGUCUGGUAUGGACUACAGUGAAGAUCCUGCCGUUCACAAGAAAUUCAUGGCGAAGUUUUCUUCUGAGGAAGCUGCUGCAGAGUUCCAGCAUACCUUCCAAGAGGGGAAAUAUCUGGCAGAGCAGGCAGAAAUCAUGGAGCAUGUUAACCUAGCAGAACUCACACAUGAUGAAGACUGAUACAUUAUGAAACAUGAGAAGAAAAUUGAGCUGAUCCAUUCCGGAUAAUACCACAAGAAACCAGUAUAACUGUUGCAGUUGUAUAUGUCAGUGCUGUGUACCUUACAUUAGUCAAGUGAAGAGGUUAUUUUACAGUUUAUUCUGUCAUUUUGUGUUGUAUACAGAGCAUUUGGUGAAGAGGGUUUUAUGUUAAACAGUUGGUCCCAUACAUGAUGGAAAAUAUAUUUUUAAGUAUUUGAUAAUGUGAGUGGCCUGUGCUCAUUUCAUCAUAUGCAAUGAAUGUUUUUCAUCAUACCAUCUCAUCUCAGUGUUUACCAGAGUACAUGUACAUUAAUAACUGAUAUAUUUCAAUGAUCAUGCAAACUGUGGAUUAAUUACAUUCAAAAUUUGCAAUUGUUUCUUAUAUCAUGAAAUUAGUUUUAUUUUUUAAGAUAACCUGUUUCAUUCAAAUGAUCUGCUUCUUAAUCAUAAUGAUGGUUCAAGCUUCUUUGAGAUCCAGUCAGCAGUGCUUGCGUGUGUUGAUUAAGAUGCAAGACCCAAACAUCUAUUUGUUUCAGUAGUAUAAAUGAGUAUGUCUGUUGAGAAAAAUUAAUCAAGAAUACUAUAUAGUAAUAUACAACAGGAUACAGACAAAGAUAAUCACAAAUGCAUAUUCCAGUUCCGAUAUAUUUACUAUCAUUUGAAAAUAUGUCUGAAUUAUGAGUGCUGCUUGCCAGUAAUAAAAAUAGUUGUGUGGAAAAUAAAGGUCAUCAUUAGCGCUGGCAGAAUAUGAACACAGAUGCAGUAAUCACUUUCUGUUGCAAUGAAUAUGUUAAUGUAAUAAAACUGAACGUUGCUGAAACAAUAAGAAAUGAUACUUUGAUCCUGUCCA